CAUGUGGGCUCACUGUGCAGAUCAGGAGUAAUGCUGUGUGCAGUUUGAUUAAGGCUGAACUGCAGCAGAAAAAAUAAAUUAAAUUAUGGCUUCAAUAUUUUAUUCUUGUCUCUCACUAUCCAAAUGUCAGGACAUUUUUAAUCUUUACAACUCCUUGGUAGAUACAGUUCAACCUAAUUGGAAACAGUUGGAUGAAGAGGACAAGAGAAUGGCUUGUUUUGUGAGGAGAAAGUGUUAAGACCUCAACUUGUUCUUUAAAAUCAAGUUUGUUCCACUCUUCUUUUGUCUGAAAUAAGAGAAUCACAGAAUCAUUAAGGUUGGAAAAUCCCUCUAAGCUCAUUGAGUCCAGGCAAUCCCACAGCACUGCCAAGGCCACCCCUAACCCAUGUCCCCAAUGCCACUUCUCCAUGGCCUGUGAACCCUUCUGAGGAUGGUGACUCCAGCACUCCUCAGGACAGCUGUGCUCUGUCCAUCCCAGGAUUUCAGAGCUGUGGCUGCUGCAUGGGGGGUGGUUUUGGCCUGAGCAAGGGUGGUAUCAGAGACUGCAGUCAGAAGCAAACUGAUAAUUUCUGAGGUUUCACAUGGUCUUUGUAAAAAUACAUUGUUGAUUCCUUAAUUCCCCAUCUGGGAAGCAGGAAUUACUUUGUUGUGUUUCCUGACACCUGUGAAGGUGAUUUUGCUUCCACACUAUUAAUGAUCAGUGUGCUCUUUUAAUUGGCAAAUUACACACAUGACCAGAAGGGACAGUUUCCUUGGCAGAAUUCAGUGGGGUACCUCUCCUGCAAGAUGUUUCACCAGGAAAGGAGGGUUCAUUCUGCUCUUUUGGCUUUUCUUUCCUUCUAUUUUAUGCUGUUUGCUCACCCAGAACCAAAAUUGAGAGGGAAAGAGGAAAGGCAAAUUGUUGUUUUAGGACUGCCACACAUCUAAGUAUUUUCAAUAUUAAUGAAUUGGGUUUUAAUCCUUAACAAGUUCUCUGUUAACAAUCCAACUGGCCUUUUCCAAGGAGUCUGCUCAGAGUCAUGAAUGAACCUGUGCUUCAUGGUAUGGAAGCAGUUUGGGUGGUGACCACCCUGUGUUUAUGACUGUGGGAAAUCAAAGUGCUUGCCAGUUAAAAUGUCAUUCUUCAGAACAAAGAGUGGAUUUAGUAUAUUCUCAUAAAUGUGUUCCUUGCAGCUUCCCACAUCUUAGUGACAGGAAGGUGCUCCAAAGCCUGCAGGUGUUUGGAGAUGGGGGGAGUGUUUCCUGUGCCAUGUCCCUGUGACAGUCCCCACUGAUGUGACAUCCAUCUCUGCAGCAUUAUCUGUUGAGAGGUGCUGACUGUACUGCUACAGCAUGCAACUCAAAGGUGGCUGGAAAAAUAGGUUUGGGAGUCUACAGAUCAUUACAAUGUUGAAACGUGUCCUCAAUUAGCCUACUGGUGAUGGUGUUCCUGUGGAAAUCCUGCUGUGUACAGCUCAUUUAGGCCAAAGAUGUCUGCUCUGAAACAUGGGACUCUAACCAGAGUACAUUUAUGGAAAACAGAGCUGUCAGGAGCUAGGGAUGGACGUGGCCUGAACAAGUGCCAGCUGUUUUCCAUUACUAAAUUGAAGAAAGUAUUUCAUAUCAAUGGACUCUUCAGAGCUACAAAUACUGAUAUUUUUCCCCCCCACAAGUAACAUUUUUUCUUGUUGUGCUUUGAAAGAUGCUGCACUUACACUGGCUGUUCAUGUCAGUGCAGUCAUUGGUGUCCUUGAAAAAUCAGAGCACUUCACCCUUUUUUCUAAACUCAAGAAGCUGCAUGCAUUUGUUUUGGGGCAUUAUGAGUUCACUGAGUUCAGGUACUUGAAUGGGAAGUCACAAAUUAUUGCAGCUUUAAUAGAAUCCAGAUUUUCUCCACAUUAAUUCCUUAUCUCUACUUGUUUAUUGAGUCUCUUUGCUGUGAAUUCCUGGUUUUCCUCAUCCCAGCAGUGCAGAUGGAGUAGGAGACAGCCCUUAGAGCCCCCAGGAAGCAGCCCUGGCCCCGUGCAGGCAGUGUCAGGGGUGGACCCACGCCGUCACCGCUGCAGCCCAGUUUUUAAAGCCAGGAUAAUAUUGGACAUCGCUUACUCCAGAAACAUGGGUGGAAGCUGGGCCAGGGAUUGGGAAAGUCACUGCAGGGGAGGACAGAUCCCAUCCCUAUCGUUGUCAAGUAUGAUGUCAUGGGCAUGGGCCGGAUGGAGAUGGAGCUCGACUACGCCGAGGAUGCCACAGAGCGGAGGCGAGUGCUGGAGGUGGAGAAGGAAGACACCGAGGAGCUGAGGCAGAAGUACAAGGAUUAUGUUGAUAAAGAAAAGGCCAUUGCCAAGGCUUUGGAAGACCUCAGAGCAAACUUCUACUGUGAACUCUGUGACAAGCAGUAUCAGAAGCACCAGGAGUUUGACAACCACAUAAACUCCUAUGACCAUGCUCACAAGCAGGAAGGAACUCAGGAUUAUUGCCCAACAGGGAUGAUAGCUGAUGUAUUGAAAGCAAACCCUUCUAAUUUGGGAGUCCAGAUCACAAGAAGGUUGAAAGAUCUCAAGCAAAGGGAGUUUGCUCGCAAUGUCUCGUCGAGAUCCCGGAAAGAUGAGAGGAAGCAGGAGAAGGCCCUGCGGCGCCUGCACGAGCUGGCUGAGCAGAGGAGGCAGCCUGAGUGUGCUCCUGGAAGUGGGCCCAUGUUCAGGACCACCACAGUGGCUGUGGACGAGGAAGGUGGAGACGAUGAUGAUUCCGCAGCCAACAGCGGCUCCUUCGUCCAGACGAGCUCGGGCCAGGCCACAGAGAUGACCACGGACAGAGGCUUCCUGAACACUGGCCAAGGCACUGUGAUGCCAGGCCAGACAUCACAGGGGGCACAGGCCAUCAGCUUUGGUAUUAAGAGCUCUCUGGGAACUCCUCUACAGAAGAUCGGCGUGUCCUUUUCCUUUGCCAAGAAGACCCCAGUGAAGCUGGAGACCAUCGCUUCUGUUUUCAAGGACCACGUGGACGAGUCCAAUUCUGCAGACGGGGCAAAAGGUGAUGAGAGGGGGUCCUCGGAGGCUGGCAGCCUGCAGAAGUCUGGGGAGGGUGAAGGCACCAAUAAUUCUGAUGGCAAGGCGGAGGACGAUGACCAGCACGACAAGGACAGCGGGGCUCUGGCCAGCACCUUAUCCAAACUGAAGAAGAUGAGGCGAGAAGAUGGACCAACGGCCGUGGAGCCAGAAUAUUACCACUACAUCCCCCCAGCCCACUGUAAAGUAAAGCCCAACUUUCAAUUCCUGCUUUUCAUGAAGGCUACUGAGCAAACGGAAGCAGAAAAUGUGAACAAAAAAAACGCGCACGAGUUGAAAAAGGGGACUUCCCCCAAACCCAAACCCAGCAAGCACACGGAAAAGGCUGCCGAGAGCACGGGGCAGCAGAAAGAGCAGAGUACUACUGAAACUACAGCUCAGCAGGGCAAAACAGAACGAAAAGACAUCCCAGAGAACGAAAAUACACAGGAGAGCAAGCACCUUCCAGAGAGCAAUCCCCCGGAGCCAGACACUGCUAAAGAAGCUCCUCCUCCUGCCUCGGGCUGCAGAGAUGGCUCUGAGGGACCAAAGCACCCCACGGGACCUUUUUUCCCUGUUCUGAGUAAGGAUGAGAGCACGACACUGCAGUGGCCUUCAGAGCUGCUCAUCUUCACCAAAGCUGAGCCCUCUGUGUCGUACAGCUGCAACCCCCUGUACUUUGACUUCAAGCUCUCCCGUAACAAGGAUGCAAAAGGGAAGGGGGCAGAGAAAUCCAAGGAUCCAGGGGGGCUUUGUAAAGACAACACUCAGAACACAGAACCUGGUGAGGUGAGCAAAGCCAAGGAGGCCGAAAGUGUAGAGAACAGUUCUGCUCAAAAAAUGGAAAACAAAUCCCAGAGCAAGCAGGAGUCCAGUCUGGGAAGCAUCUGUAAGGGAGAAGGGGAGGACAGCAGUAAGAGUAUAACGGGUAAGAGUAAAUCUGGAAGGUCCCAUAAACACAAAAAGAAAAAGAAGCACAAAAAGUCCAGCAGACACAAACGCAAACACAAGGAGGAAGCUGAGGAGAAGGCCCGGAAAGCUGAGCUGGGGGAAGAGAAACCCAAGAAACGGAAAAGGCACAGGCACAAAAAAGGUAAAUCCUCCCUUUCAACAGAGUCAGACCGGGCGCUGAAACCUGAACUGUCUGAAGACUGCAGCCAUUUCCAGAAGAAAAAGCGAUGCUCCCAGGAGUCCCAGAGGAAAUCCCUGUCUGCUGAGGAGGGAAGCAGCAGUAAAAAAGAGGACGGGGGUAACUCCUGCCAAGAGCACGGCAGCAAAAGACACAAGGCUGAGCUGCAGCAGGUGCCUGGUGCGAGGAGGCGCUGCCCGGCUCUGUCCCAGCCCCGGAGCGGCUGCCGGAGCCAGCAGAGCAGCGGCGAUGAUGACAGUGACGAGGGCUCCCCUGGCAAGCACUGCCACCAGAAGUCCCCGUCGCAGUACAGCGAUGACUACGACUCGGGCAGCGAGCACUCCCGCAGCCGCUCCCGCUCGGGCCGCAGGCACUCCUCGCACAGGUCCUACUCCACCAGCUCGGACGCGUCCUCGGAGCACAGCCGCUACAGCCGCCACCGCAGCUACUCGGACGACAGCUACAGCGACUACAGCGACCGCUCCCGCUGCCACUCCAAGCGCUCCCAGGACUCGGAGGAUGACUCCGACUACAACAGCUCAAACCACCGCUCCAAGCGGCGCAAAUACUCCUCAUCAGAAGAUGACUACAGCUCGAGCAGGAGCAGGUCCAGGAGUCGGAGCAGGAGCCGAACCCACCCUCGAGGCAGGUCGAGAUCGAGGAGCCGGGGCAGGAGCCGCAGCAGCAGCUGCAGCCGCAGUCGCAGCAAGAGGAGGAGCCGCAGCGUGACAGGCCGCAGCUGGAAGCGCAGCCGCAGCUACAGCCGGGACCGCAGCCGCAGCACCCGCAGCCACUCGCAGAGGUCCCUGUCACGGAAGGGCUCACGGGGCCACGAGAGCCCCGAGGAGCGAAGGUCUGCCAGAAGGGACUUCAUUAGGUCCAAGAUCUAUCGCUCCCAGUCUCCUCACUACUUCCGGACGGGCCGAGGUGAAGGGUCACUGCCAAAGAAGGAGGAUGGCAAGGGAGAGGAUCUGAAAGGGUCUAGCUCCCUGUCCCAGAACAGCAGCAGCUCUGGCAUGGGGCGGGCCUCGGAAGGGGACUGCAGUCCUGAGGAGAGGAACUCCGUCACUGCAAAGCUGCUCCUGGAAAAGGUGCAGUCCAGGAAGGUUGAGAAGAAGCCCUGUGUCACUGACGAGAUGCUGUCAGGAGCAAACAAAGUGGGCAUAAAGCUCAAAGAUCCUCCCCAGGGCUACUUUGGUCCCAAACUGCCUCCUUCCUUAGGCAACAAACCGGUUCUGCCCUUAAUAGGGAAGUUGCCAACCAUUCGGAAACCAAACUCCAAAAGGUAUGAGGAGUCUGGCUUGGAGAGGGGUGAGGAGCAGGAGCUAUCAGAUGCUGAGGAUGGUUCCCAAGGCAUGGAGGAGGGUCAGCUGGCUGGCCAGUCUCUCCUGGAAGAUGUGGUGAUGGUAAUUCAGGACAAACCUCUGGAUGAGCAGAAACGUGACGAAGCCUCUGUGGAGAUGCCGUCCCUUCCCCUGGACGCUCCGGCGCUUCCUGAGUGCUUUGGCUCUGGAGAUCUGGUCAUGCCGCACAACUUCCUCUCGGAUCCAAGCGAUGGUGAUGGGCUGGAGCCUAUGGACGGGGGCAACCAGCCAGUCCCAGUGGAAACCAGUAUGAUGCCCUUAGUUCCAGAUGUUGAGCACUUUCCUGGCUACGUGCCUCAGAGCGGGGAGCCAAGCAUGGAAGGAGAUCGGGAUGGGGGAGAAGAUUCCUCUCUAGCCCCGCUGGAGAGCCAGCCCAUCACCUUCACGCCCGAGGAGAUGGAGAAGUACAGCAAGCUGCAGCAGGCGGCCCAGCAGCACAUCCAGCAGCAGCUGCUGGCCAAGCAAGUGAAGGCCUUCCCCACGUCGGCCGCCCUGGCUCCGGCCGCGCCCGCGCUGCAGCCCAUCCACAUCCAGCAGCCGGCGGCGGCCUCGGCCACGUCCAUCACGACGGUGCAGCACGCCAUCCUGCAGCACCACGCCGCUGCCGCCGCCGCCGCCAUCGGCAUCCACCCCCACCCGCACCCGCAGCCCCUCGCUCAGGUCCACCACAUCCCCCAGCCACACCUGGCACCCAUUUCCUUGUCCCACCUGACCCACUCGAUUAUUCCGGGGCACCCCGCCACGUUCCUGGCCAGCCACCCCAUCCACAUCAUUCCGGCAUCCGCCAUCCACCCCGGCCCCUUCACCUUCCACCCUGUCCCUCACGCUCUCUACCCGACCCUCCUGGCCCCGAGGCCAGCAGCUGCUGCUGCUGCCACAGCCCUGCACCUCCACCCCCUGCUGCACCCCAUUUUCUCAGGACAGGACUUGCAGCAUCCACCCAGCCACGGCACAUGAAGGACAAAAUGAAGGAACCUCGGAGGAAGGAGAAUAUUCGGCGUUUUGGUCAGGGGCCGGAGUCGAGCCAGCGGGCAGGUGAGGCCUGAGCAUUUCCUUUCACUCUUGAGCAGCCAAAGAAGCCAGGGGCUCCAGGGCUGGGCAGUUGGCUGUGUCCCAGGGAAGUCUCGCUCCGACUCCUCCGUGCACGCAGCAGCACCGCUCCAGAAGAACCAUUUCACCUUUAGAACAGCGAGACACUUGGAAAGGCUUUUUUUCCCCCUGGAUUCUUACACUUGGUCAUCUUCCUUCUGCCACCUUGUAUAUGAUAAAUGAGGUUUCAUACACACUAAUAGGAUCUCUAAAAGUCCUUUUAAUGAGGUCAUCUAAUUAAAUAGCAUGAUUGAAUCUGGCUUGUAAUUGGCCAUGGAACAUCGGGAGCUGCCCGCUGCAGGGGGUCUGGAGGCCUCAGCUUUCAGGCAUUGCAGGAGGUUCCUUGGCCCCUGUCUCUGCAGACGUGGGUUUGUCUUGCUGUGAGCAGCAAAGGUGGAAGUAAGAUCUUAGUGUAAAGAGGAGGAGGAGCUCUGUGGGUGUGCCCAGAGCUCCCUUCUCCAUCCUGCAUCCAUGCUCUCCUGCGCCAGGACCAUGCCUGGAUAUCCCAGACUGGAGAGGGGUUCUGGGGUUGGGCUUCCAGUCUGGGCUUUGACCACUCUUCUCCUGAAAGGGGGAAAAAAAUCACUCUGAAAUACAUCUUCUGUGGGGUUGGGAAAGAGGCACUGGGAUGGGAGAGAGAAGGAGAAUCCUGUUAGGAAUUGAAGCAAUACAGAGGACGGGGGAGCGCAGCCUGGAUGUAAAACGUGUUCUUUCCUCUGUAACACUGAUGGUUUCCUUAUUAAUUUAUAGGAUUUUUUUUUUAAUGUAAAGAAUUGCACUGAACUCUGUAAACAAAGAUGCUGCUUUUUGUAGCUCCUAUCAAAGGUUACAUUUGUAGUAUAUCGCAAUAAUAUUUUUUACAGCCAGUUCUUAGUGGUACUUGUUCUGGUGGCUUCUGUGUAAAUAUGUUUGCCGUAGGUGACCCAAGACACUUGUAAAGGUUCAAUUUAUAGUUUCAGCUAGAUGCAGAACAGCUAAGCAUGUAUAUUUUAUCAAGCUCAUGUAUUUUUGAAGUUUUUAUGUAGUAUAAAAUGUAAAAACAAACAAAAAAAUCCUCAUUUAGAAUUUUGCAGAAGAAAAAAAAAAUCAACAGGUGAGAUUUGGGCGAGGUGAGGGGUGUGGGGGUAGCAGUGACUCUGGCAGGUUCUGCGUUCCUCCCUGCCAUAGGAAUGGGCACUGGAGCAGCCUGGGGAGCAGCAGGAAUUCAGGGUGCUCCCAGAGAAUAGGAGCCCUUUUUUUUCCUUUCCUUUUUCUCCCUUUGGAAGCAGUAAUGUGCAGACCCUGCUGGUGCAGGAGGAGCCUUGGGACUGUUCCCAGCCCACACAGAGGGUUACCCCAGCUUCAUCCAUAAGGGAUUUCCCAGCUUCACCCAGCUCAGGUGAUACUGCCUGUGGGAGCUUCCCCACCCAGUGCAGGGGAUGUCCCCACUGCUGCUGUCCCCACGGACAGGGCACUGCAGGUGUCACAGCCCUUGGGCCACCACCGCUGGAGGGAGGGAUUUCAGAGCAGAGUGGGGAUGUGGUGACAUCCCCGUCCCUUUCCAGUCCCAUUCCCCAUCCUCUUCCCUGUCCCCUCCUGGAGUGCAGCACGAGGCCAGGCAGAGUCAAAGGAUCAAAACCCCCCGAGCUCCCUCACCGUGUAAAUGAGGAAUUGGAGCAGGUCAGAGUGGCAGCAGUCACAAAAAAGGGACUCAAUUUCCUGUAAAUACCGAACAAUUCAGUGUUACUGUCAGAGCUGAGCUUCAUAGGGCCCAUCCAUGCCCUGGCCCCAUCGUGCUGUGGGCAGGGGUCGUUUUUGGACUUCAGGAUAGCGCUAAAAUAAUUAACCUGUCAUUACUUAACAAGCAUAAACAGACUGUAUUUAACUUUGUCACAUAAGAUAUAUAUAUAAAUAUAUAUAUAUGCUGUAAAAUGAGGGAAAAAAACCUUUCUAAUAAACCAAUGAUUUGUGGAAAAAGA